AAUCUUCCGUUUUUUAGAGAUGUAUCGAACUAAAGUAGUACCCAGAUUUUUUUCUCUCUGCAGGCUUCACUUCCGGUUUCUCUUAUUUUGAAGUUCCUAACCGGAAGCUCCGUUGUAUUCAUGCUACCUUGAUGAAGCUGAUGAGUAACAAGUGAAGUGAGCGGCAGACCUCAAACUUCUCCAUCAGGACCGGAGGGAGGUUCGGCUGUGAGACAGUUUUAUGGACAGUUUCUGUUUCCAAAGUCAAAUAUUUGUCGCAGCACAUGUCUGUGAAAAGGGAAAAUAACACGGAGCACUUACAUUUAGCUCAACGGUAAAAAAAAAAAAAAAUGAGCCCGGUUUUAUUUCUGUUGCUUCUGUUUCUUCGGACCGUGGAGCUCCGCCAUGUCCGCUCAGACCCGGGGCUUCAGUCGGGGUCCUCGCUGGAGACGAUGCGGGCGGAGGAUGCUGCCGGGACAGAGGAGCCCCUCACCCGGGAAAGGACUUCUGUAGGUGGAAGUUUCAAAGUCCCCGACCUGAGGCGGGUCGCCCGAGGAGCCAAAGAUGGGAGCCCCAGGAAAAGAGACCCGCACUCGCACCCUCCGAGCGGUUACGGGGGGCAACCGCGGCGAAUCGACGAUCCGAGCGGUUACUUCACCACGCCGCGGACCGACCGGUACACCUCCGCCCCGGCGGGUAACUCCUCGUCGGGUCGAGGGAUCCUCAACCCGCUGUACCCGGUCACUGACGGCGCCUACUGGGCGUACGCUGUGAUGCUGCUGGCGCUCGUGCUGUUCGCCGCGGGCAUCGUGGGAAACCUCGCGCUCAUGUGCAUUGUGUGGCACAACUUCUACCUGAAGAGCGCGUGGAACUGCAUCCUGGCCGGGCUGGCGUUCUGGGAUUUCCUCGUCCUGUUCUUCUGCCUUCCGGUGGUGGUCUUCCACGAGCUCACCUUGAAGAGGUUGCUUGGAGACCUGUCCUGUCGGCUCGUGCCCUAUCUGGAGGUGUCGUCUCUGGGCGUGGCCACAUUCAGCCUCUGCGCUCUGAGUAUCGAUCGUUUCCACGCAGCCACCGGCCCCGGGCCCCUGCAGACGCCGAAGGUGGAGCCCUGCCAGUCCAUCCUGUCCAAGCUGUCCGUCAUCUGGGUGGGCUCCAUGUUGUUGGCCGCCCCCGAGCUGCUUCUGUGGCAGCUCCUGCAGGAGACUGUCAGCCUGCCGUCGCUCCCCACCGACCUGCAGCAGGGCCAGCCAGGCGGCUCGCUGAUGGCUGCGCUCAGAGCCCGAACAGAAACGUUUAAGGUGGAUAUCUGCGUCCGGGAGCCAUCGGUGGAGCUACCAGAGAGCAUCUACUCCCUGGUGCUGACGUACCACGAGGCCCGCAUGUGGUGGUUCUUCGGGUGCUACCUCUGUUUGCCACUGCUCUUCACUCUGGCCUGCGACUUGGUGACAAGGCAAGUGUUAGCCCAGCGUCUCCUACAGAAACCUGAGGGUGACAAGGUUAGCGGCAGGUGCUCCUCCACCUCCUCCUCUUCUUCUUCCACAAAGAAGAAGCAGCACGUGAGGGAGCAGAGGCUGCGCUCCACUGUGAUGGCCCUCACCAUCUUGUACAUCACGUGCAACCUGCCUGAGAGCAUUUGCAACAUCACCCUGGCGUACAUCUCUGUCCCGGUGUCGGCCGUGCUCCCGGCUCUGGCUCUGCCGGCGCUCGGUUUGAUCGGACAGUUCCUGUUGUUCGUGCGAUGCUCGGCGACGCCGGUGCUGCUGCUGUGCCUGUGUCGCUCCCUGGGCCAGGCCUUCAUGGACUGCUGCUGCUGCUGCUGUGAAGAGUGCGUCCCAGACGGCAGCUCCUCCUCGUCCUCGUCCGCCUCAGCUGCAGCCACCUCCACCCUCUCCUCGCCCACAUCGCCCUCUCCGUCCUCCCUGUCUCCGUCCAGCAAAGAGGAGACGAUGAAGAGCGUGUUGGCGACAGAACCAGCGGUCUUUGACAGAGUGAAAGACUCUUCAGCAGCUAUCGGGACGCCGUGCUGAGGCCCAGAACUGCCACACAAGUAACUUUAAAAGAUCAUUUAGGUUUAUUACAACUUUCUCCUUAUGUUUAGAGUCUGUUCAUUCUGUCAGUAAUUAUAACACUCACUAAGUUCAUGGCUGAGAUCCAGGAACACGGUGUCAUCACUGAAAAAAUGACAAGGUCAUGAAAGAUGAACAGUCAGACGACCAGGUUUGAAACAAGCCAAAAGUAUGUUUAGAUUACACCACAUGGUGAAAAGUAUGUGGAGCAGAGGAGAGUUAUUAUCUGUAGCUACAAUUUACAGAUGUCCUUUAAACGCCUCGUGCAGGCUGUUGGCUAAGCUACAGUGCAUUCAGAAAGCCUGUUAUGUUGCAGCUUUAUGCUAAAAUCAAAAAAUCAACAAUCAGUACCACAUAAUGACAAAACAAAACGUAAGACAUUUUAUACAUUUAUUUAAAAGGAAAAACUGAAAUAUGACAUUAGCAGAAGUCUUUGUUCCUUUUGCUGUGACACUUGAACUUUAACUCACGUUCUUCCCAUUUCUCUUUGACAUGUUUCUCCACCUGUGUAAAAUUUAAUUGAUUAGACACACCUGUCUAUAUUAAGGUCUCACAACUGACACAGUGCUCCAUGAUUGUUACAUGGAGGAAGUGUGUAACAAUCAGGACUCUUCCUAGAGCUGGUCACCGGACCUUUGUAUUAGAGGAGACCAAGAACCUGAUGGUCUCUCUGGCUGAGCUCCAGAGAUCCUGUGUGGAGAGAAACUUCAAGAUUGAUUUGAUUUUAGCAUAAAGCUGCAACAUAACAACGUGUGAAUAAAGUGCAGGGGUGUGAAUAGAUUCUGAAUGCACCGUAUAUAAAGUUGCAACAGGGUUAUUUUAUCUACCUGGGUGGGUUUUAAUCUACCUGUAAUGUAUGAAGAAAACGCUGAAGAACCUGACUGUGAGCCAGACCUUAUGUGGUUAAAUGGGGUCAAAUCCCUGCAGCCAGGAUCCAGAUCUGAUGAAGAGCCUGAGGCCAGAAAGAGUGGAGGUUGUUACAGCAGCAGAUUAAUUCAACACACAGUAUAUCACACACAGUAUGUGGGGAUAAUGGUGUUGUACUGAUGAUAAGAAGCUUGUGUUUCUGGACCUGUCAGUCGUCUUUUUAGUGAUGAGGUUUGUUUUUAUUUCUCUCCGCUGUACUCAGGUCUCUCUCCUGGUCUCACUGAGAUUACCUGAUUAAAUAAAAGUGAUAGAAAUCGUUUUCUCUGAUCUCAGCCACUAAGUCAGUGAGUACAGUGUUCUUACAGAAAUAAUGGACAAAACUACCAAAAUAAAACCCGAGCUGUAAUAAACUGGAAUAAUCUUUUAAUCUCAGUCUGUAUGAACUGUAGAGCCACUGGUUAGAGUUAGAUAACUGUACAAAAUAUCCUGUUCUUAUAAAAAGGAGUUUAGAUGGAUUUAAUCCUGUUGUUGAACGACUUGUAAUAGUUUUGCAGUUUUUUUAUGAUACAUUUUACAUGUCGUAGUCAUUAAUAACUAACACUCAUUCAGGAUAUUAGUAUUACCUGCUCUAAGUACUGUACAAGAGAGAAACACUGGAUCAUUUGAGUUUGGGGGAUUUUACGAUGAUGAGACUUUGGUCAGCAGACUGACUGACUGCUGUUUGUGAACUGUUUAUUUUUUUCCCAUUGAUUUUGCUGUACGUGUUUGCUCAUACAUGAUUCAUGUAUGCCUGACUUACACUGUGUCCACAGAGGAUGUGUCAUGUAAAUAGUACAUCGCCACUCUGACAGUUUACAUUACUCGAUAUUAUCCUGUGUAGUCAACAGGUUCAAACUGUGGUGAGAGAUCAAUCAACAUUUUGAAUUUACAUGAAACAAUUCAG